CACGACACAUAGUAUCGGGUCGAUAUUUUGACGAUAAGUUUUCUGUUUACUUAAUAUUAUUCGAUAAUAAGAAUAGGAAAGGGCGUUGUUUUACUUUAACCGAAUUAUCCAAUGACCACUGCAGAUAAACCUCAACAUCUCUUCCACAAUACUAGAAACGAGCUCUUGAUUACUACGUUUGAUUGACUAUGUCAACUAUUGAGGAACGUACGGCAUAUGAAAAGAAUCCGUAUUUCACUGGACAUAUAUAUGGAAAUUUUUCUCCUUUUUAUGUGACCAUCGCUGUUUGCACUGUUGUUCUUGUUUCCAUUAUUAUAAUAAAUAUUGUCUUAGGGUGUUGCUCAAGACAUCGCAAAUACUGGCAAGAUAGGCAUACAGGCAAUCGCUGGCUGGUUUCUAUUUGGUCAGCUACACCACACUUGCAACCUCCCUUGGAUUUUACUGAGCUAAAAGACGCCUCAUAUUUUGAAAAAUUCUAUCCGAAGCCCCAAAUCUUCAGUGAAGAUAUCGAAGCACAGGAAGCCCCAGUAUAUCAGCCGGCUUUGCAGCCUCAUAUUGAACCACAUUCACAUCAAUUGCAUCAACAACGUCCACCGCGUCCUGAAGGCCGUACCUUACAGCAGCAACAACAACGAGAGGAAUACGUAGAAUUGCAGAAGCGCGAAAGUGACAUUUAA